UGUUUCGCUUAAAUUGGGGACAAUUUUUUCUCUGCAGCUUCAUGGAGAUCAUCUUUUGCAAGGUUUCAUCUGGUUCGAAACCCUAGAUUUCAGAUCAUUUUCGAAGCUCCUUCUGAAAAUCAAUGGUGUUUUUCUGUUCUAUUUAGACGAACAAUGGAUGAUGAGAGGUUUUGGGAUAACGAGCGGCUUCAAAUUGAGCGUAUCAGAGAGCUGGAAACGGAGGAAUUAGAGGUUGAAGAGGUUGAUGAAGAUCUCGACCGUUCUUCUUCUGAUAAUUCAAGUAGGCGCGGAGAUGAUGGAGGGGCUGGCCAGUCUGGUGGCUUUACUUUUGACACAUGUUUGACUUCAUUACACACUUAUCUUGGUGAGGUUGAUGACACUCAUUUUAGGCUAGCUUUCUUGGAGGGUGGUGCUAUUUUGAAUCUUCCAAUGUUCUACCUUGAAGGAAUUGUUCUUUUUCCAGAAGCUACGCUGCCAUUAAGAGUCAUUCAACCCAGGUUUAAAGCAGCUGUGGAGAGAGCGUUGCAACAGACUGAUGCUCCUCUCACUAUAGGCGUGAUCCGUGUCGAGAGGCAUCCUUAUAAUGGAAGACUUUGUGUUGGUUCAAUUGGGACCACUGCUGAGAUUCGACAAUUCAAACGAUUAGAGGAUGGUUCAUUAAAUGUGGUUACUCGUGGCCAGCAGCGGUUUAAUCUGCGCCGUAGUUGGGUUGAUGUUGAGGGAGCGCCUUGUGCUGAAGUCCAGAUUGUCCAGGAAGAUACACCUCUGCGUACUCCUAGGGAUGCAUUUGGACAAUUGGCAUCGAUUAGUGAUUUCCAGAAUGGUGGAUCUGGUGCUUCUUGCCCUAAAAGGAAUGGAUAUGAACCUUCCCCUAAAAGGCAUGUAUAUGAACAUUCUCCUAAAAGGCGUGGCUAUGAAAGUGGGGAAAAUGAUUCGGGUUCUGCAUCAGAUACAAGCACAGGGAGUUAUCACUCCACAAGAGAUGGGAUAAAAAAUCAAUUGAAAUUUAAUUCCAACAAAUAUGGGAAAAUCGAGGAAGCCCAUAGUAGUGAUGAUGAGCCUUCCCCGUUGAGGUGGUGGCAUAGGAAAGCAAUAUCUUGUCCUGUAACUUCUGAAGGGUCUCAAGGAGAUCAAUUUAGUGGAGAAGUGAAUGAAAGUGACAGUUCUGAGCAGGAAAUAAUGGAGGAUACUGUAACAAGGAGCCAGUCUUUUGGUGAUGGAGGAUGGAUGUCUUUACAAAAAGCCCAUGCUACUGAUGGGUUGAAGCAAUUGAGUAGAGGUCAGAGAUCCUUUUGGCCUCUUUGGGUUUACCAGAUGUAUGACUCCUACUCUCUUGCUCGGAAGGCAGCAGAUAUGUGGAAGCAGAUCAUAGGGAAUCCAAGCCUGGAUGAUCUUGUUAGAAAGCCUGAUUUCUUGUCGUUUUACAUUGCUAGUAAGAUUCCUGUAUCAGAUUCUACGAGGCAAGAGCUUCUAGAGAUUGAUGGGAUUUCUUAUAGAUUGAGAAGAGAAAUACAGUUGCUCGAGCACUUUGAUCUCAUUCACUGUAAAACAUGCAAGAGUCUGAUUGCGAAGCGUAGCAACAUGUUAGUGAUGUCUCGUGAUGGACCUUUAAAUGCCUUUGUGAAUCCAUAUGGUUACGUGCAUGAAAUUAUGACCCUCAAUACCACAACCGGGCUAGCCCUGCAUGGAGGUCGAGUCACAACGCACAGCUGGUUUCCUGGAUAUGCAUGGACCAUUGCAAACUGCGGUGUUUGUGAAUCGAGCAUGGGGUGGCUUUUCACUGCAACCAACAAAAGGCUUAAGCCGAGUUCAUUCUGGGGUGUUCGGAGCUCCCAAGUUGCCGAUGACCUGCAAUAAAUAAUAUCCUCAACUUCCUCCACUCCCCAAUCGCCAAAAAAAUACCCGGUCGUUUUCCACAUUUUCUUGAUUCCCGAAAUGAUAGAUACACUUGCCUUUGAAUUUUGUUUUCAGUUAAUUUCGGCUUUUUGUUCUUUUGUUUUUCUUCCCACUUAGAAUACUCUAUUGAAAGGCCAGUUUUGUAUAGCCCUGCUCGUUUGGGAACGUUGAAUCUUUAGAACACCUGAAUGUAUUAAUUGUAUGUAAAAUAUAUAUGUCCUAGGUUUAUCUUAGGUCUUCAUUUGCUUGUUGAACCUUGAGAAAACUGGGAGACAAUAAUGCGCUUGCAAGUCAGAUCA